GAAAUCUACAAUUCAGCCGAGAACAUCCCGCGUUCCUUACCUGUACUUCUCCAAAACCCACAAUGUUAUUUGGCACUGUAUAAUUACAUCAAGAGUACUAUAGAAGAUAUUUAAACUUGGAUUUCGAAUUAUUCCUUAUGAAGACUUGAAGAAAAGAACUUUUAGUCUUGGCUGUAUGGCGCAUUUGUCGUCUUUGCCUUUUCCGUUUAAUGAACGGAAAGAACAGAACCAAAAAAAAAAAAAAAAAAAGAUUGUGGCCGAUGAUUGAUUGCAAAUUUUCGAUUUUCAAAUAAAACGUAGUCGAAAAUCAUCCCCGCUCUCAAAAUAAUUUCACAUUAUCGAUUUACGUGUAUUUUGAAUUAUUAGUGGAACGUGUUGUCCAAUAAUCAGAAAGUUCUAGUUGGGAAUUCGGUCAUCAACCGACUGUCACUGUAAACUUUUGCAUCGCCUAAGAUGUACUUUACCUCUAAUGUUUUUGGAAACUUGGGUUAAAUAACAAGUUAUUAAAAUGGAUGACGAUGGGGAUGAUAAAGAUGACUCUAAAAGAAGGACUCGUAACCUCAGUGAGAAAAAACGCCGUGAUCAGUUCAAUAUUUUGAUCAAUGAACUAAGUACAAUGGUUUCAACUAACAACAGAAAGAUGGAUAAAUCAACUGUCCUUAAAUCAACAAUAUCCUUUUUAAAAGAUCAUAAUGAAAUAACAGUCAAGUCACGUGCUCACGAUGUUCAAGAGGAUUGGAAGCCUUCUUUUCUAUCUAAUGAGGAGUUCACCUAUUUAAUUCUGGAAGCAUUAGAAGGAUUUGUUAUGGUAUUUUCUGCUACAGGAAGAAUUUAUUAUGUAUCAGAAAAUAUUAUCUCAUUACUUGGUCAUAAUCCGGCUGAUAUUAUAAAUAACAGCAUAUUUGAUUUAACUUUUGAAGAUGACCGGCCACUUCUUUAUAAUCUACUCCAAAAUCAUGGAACUACAGUGAAUCCUUUACAGCCAAUUAGCAAAGAUAACGAAAUGAGGUUCCAGUGCCACAUGCGGCGCGGUAACCUGUAUUUUCGAGAGGAGACAACUUAUGAACUGGUUCAGUUCAACGGACAUUUUAGGAUUAACAUGGAGCAUGGGGACAGCGAAGAGAUGAGCGGCUAUCAGCAGGAACAUGAUUCGAGUUUACUGUUCGUGUGUACUGGACGUUUGAACACACCUCAAUUGAUUCGUGACGUAUCUUUGCUGGACUCUAAUAGAAGCGAAUUCACGUCACGGCAUAGUCUGCAGUGGAAAUUCCUCUAUUUGGACCACCGCGCUACAUCAAUUAUUGGAUAUUUGCCUUUCGAGGUCCUCGGUACAUCGGGUUACGACUACUACCAUUUUGAUGAUCUUGAAAAAGUUGUGACAUGCCAUGAAACCUUAAUGCAAAAAGGUGAACUCACAUCAUGCUACUAUCGGUUUCUGACGAAAGCUCAACAAUGGAUCUGGCUACAAACUAGAUUCUACAUCACUUACCACCAGUGGAAUUCUAAGCCUGAGUUCGUCGUUUGUACGCAUCGAGUUGUCAGUUACAGCGACAUCGCGAAGAGUGUGACGCAAGAGAACGCGAACGGAGAAACAGUGACUGAAACUGAAGUAAGCAAAAACGAUCAUCCAGAGGCUAACACCGACGAAGCAUUGGUGACAUUAUCGCCGUCAUACAUGUCUGAGGCCAGUGAUGCCUUUGCCAACUCUUACCAGGCUUUAUCGUCAAGGCCGGCGUCAGUAAAGUCCGCAUCGGCGAGCAGCACUACGGGCACAGUGGCGACGAUAUCCACAGCGGCGACGGCGGGAGCUUCGUGGGCGCGCUCGUCCUCGCACGCGCUCUACACCAACGCCGGCUCCGACACUGCUUCGCUGUCGGGCGAGUCGCGCUCGUCUCAGCGUAACAACAGCGCGCGCGAGACGCAGACGUCGAAGGUAGUCGAGCCGGUGCUAGUCCCCCAGCAUGGCAUGGGCGCUCAGUACCUAGACCCAUCCCAGUAUUUGGACUCGACGCCAUACGCUCACGCGGUGAGCGUACCGGGGGUCCUGCCGCUGCCUCUGCCGUUGCCCGUGCUGGUAUCGCCGGACCAGGCACAACUGCAGGUGGCAACGCAACCAAACAAUACAAACAACAAUUCAAAAAUCAAUAUAAACCAAGAGCAGCUCCAACGAAAACACGAAGAACUGCAGCAAAUGAUCGUGCGGCAGCAGGAGGAGCUUCGCCAGGUCAAAGAGCAACUGCUGUUGGCCAGGCUUGGCAUUUUGCAGCCACUAAUUAAUGUACCAAAUACUUACAUGAAUCCGGAGGAAGUGCCGCAAAACCAGCGCGCACCCGCACAAAUAGUGUACGAGUCUGGAGCUCAGCGGCCGCUGCCCAACUACCCGCCCUCCUCUCAGCCACCCAACGGCGGCCAUCAUCAAAACAUGUCGCAAUGAAAACCAUAAUAUCGUCACACAAAGAUCAAUUUUGAAUGAAGAUAGAACUUGAUCAACACAUGCUCUUAAUACAGUCACAUCAAACCAAUUUUGAAUGAAGAUAGAACGUGAUCAACACAAGCUCUUUAUACGUCACACACAGUUUAAUUCUGAAGGAAGGAAGAACGGGAUCAACAUAAGUUAUUAAUACCGUUACAAACAGUUGAAUUCUGAAUGAAGAUAGAACGUCAUCAACACAAGCUCUUAAUACCGACACCUACAUAAGCUCUUAAUACCAACACCUACAGAUAAAUUUGGAAUGAAGAUAGAACGUCAUCAACACAAGCUCUGAGCAUUCACUUCCAGCUGUUAAGAGACGUAUCUUUUUAUUCACAUACUUUAAAAUUGAUUGCAUGCUUAGACUUCUAUUAAUUAACCUUUGAAUGAGGAGGCAGUUUUGAGUUAUGACAUUUACAGGAUAUUGAUUGUUGUAAUAUAAACGCAUUUUAUGCAUUGUUGUGAUCGCUGGCAUUGUACUUAUUUCGUUUGAUAACGACGAUUUUAACUACCGUAUAAUAUACUUGGAUAACAAAUGGAUCACUUCUUUAUAUAUGCGCUGUAACGAGCGGCUUAUACAUUAAGAAUGUAAUUAUCCAUUUGGAUUAAGUCGUUUUUCGUUAUUGUCAAUGUAAAUAUGAGUACAUGUUAUUAUUUCAUAGUUAAUUCAUGGUAACAUGUUGUAUGUAAGUAGUUAAAAUAUAUGAUGUGAGAUAACUAUGACUUCAUGAUAAGUUUAUGUCAUUCGAGGUAGAAUCAACGGGCAUGUUUGUGUCGUGAGAUGGUUUGACUUGCGCGAUUGUUUAAUUCAAGGCUGUGUUAUCUCCACAAGGGAUUUUGCGAGGGAUUGCAAAUUAUAUUAUGAAUUCAAUUAUUUAGUUUUAAUUUUAUAUAUUCAAAUGAUUUAUUCGUUAUUAAUUUUAUUUUUUAUGUAAAUUAUUUAUCAUAUAUGGUAGGUAUGAUAAAAUACAUGAAAACCAAUGAUAGGUUCGAAAUUAUUUCGUGCCAUUAUAAAGUAAAGUUAUGCGGACGAAGCAAGUCGAAUAAGUAGCACUUUUUCCGUUGAUCUGCCGCCUUAUUCAUAAGCUAUCGCUUGUAGGUUUAAGUUGCAUCGACUUGGUCUAACGAAGUUGUGACGAAGUAUAAAAAUGUGAAUUGGUUUUGUCUACCUUUUGCCGAAUAAGCCGCCUUGAUCUCAUGGAGAAGUAACAUGUUACGUUUAUUUAUAUAUUCCUAAAUUUAUAAUAAAUUUUAUUAAAUGAUAUUUGUAACCUCAUUAAAGUCGAUGAUAUAAAUUUGUUUUAAUGUCUAGCUAUUUAUAUACUAACAAGAUCGGUACUUGUAUCGGAGUGAGAAUAAUAUGUUAUAAUUCAGUAUUUUUAAGGUAAUUUGUGAAUUUCUUUUUUAAAAACUUAUUCACUGAAAAUUUAAAUGUUAUGGUUUGUCAUAGUCUUAUUUAUAUAAGCUAUAAAUCGAAUUCAGAUUUUUGGAAUGAAAAAGGGAGGGGUCAUAAUUUCUUUUAUUAUGUAAUUUCCGUAUUUUAUGAUAUUGUUUUAUAAGGAACACUUCUUUAACAUGAUGAUAUUUUAUAUUCAACUGUUCCUUUUGCGUAUUUGUUACUAUGUUGCGUUCAUUUGUGCAACACUUUAACUUUUUUAUGUUGGGUUAUUAUUAUAGUGAGAUUUCUAUAAAUAAUUUUAUUUUUUAUAUCAAAAUUUAUAUAAAUCGGUAAAUAUAAGCCGACAUUACACUUACGAGGAGCUCGAUGGUGCAGGGGGCUAGCGCGUUCGGCUGCGAUCUUUGAAGUUAAGCAACUUUCGCAAUGGUCGGUCAUUGGAUGGGUGACCAAAAAUCUUCUAUCUCGACUUCGUCCGCGCUUCGGAAGGCACGUUAAGCCGUUGGUCCCGGCUGCAUCUGGACUCGUAAGCACCAGCCAUUUCGCACUAGGCCCGCGUAGUGGGUCAUGGCCCAAUCUCUCUAUUCCAUCGAUAGGGAAGGCCUGUGCCCCAUCUCUCUAUUCCAUCGAUGGGGAAGGCCUGUGACCCAUCUCUAUUCCAGCGAUAGGGAAAGCCUGUGCCCUAGCAGUGAGGACAUUAAUAGGCUGAUUAUGAUGAUGAUGAUUACACUUACGAAAGUACAUCGCGGAAACACUUUUCCAAUGGCAUCCAACUUUUUCCAAUUAUGAUAAAAAAAUCGCGCUCCACCCGAUUUUAUCUCGAAAUAAUGCAUUGCAACGAAACUUACAGAAAUGUAAACAAUGCAUCACUUGUCAAACGUUUUUAAUUCGUGCUGGCUGAAUAACAAAAGUACAAGAUUUCCAAAAUGGUUUCGUCAAUUAUGAUCAUAAUUUUGUGAAUCACUCGCUGCGGAACUUUUGUAAAUAUUAGCCGAUUGGCUAAAGCUAUUUCUUGGCCUAAGAUAAAGGAUACAUUCAUUUAUAUCGUUAGAAAAAUUGAUAUUGGAAUCAACUUAAUAAUAACAGAUAAGUUAAUCAAUUUUAUGUUUAUUUAUGAAAAAAUAUUAGAUGUAAACUGUGGCAACAAUUUGGACCAAGCCUUCAUAAUACAAUAUUUUUUUAAAAUAGGAUUUAAAAUGACUAGUGUCGGGUCAGAGACGGAAAACUGAAAAUGUUCAUGUAUUUAUUAUCAACAUGACUGGGUUUUAUUAUUAUUUUAAAUCUUAUCUUUAUUAUUAUAGCCCAGGGAAAUUAGACGUAUUAUAGAAAAAUCAUUUUAAGUACUGUAAGAAUAUGAAACAAUAAUUAAAAGGUAGGAAAAUUACUCCUAUCUUGAGACCGAUGCGUAUGGCAAAUACAGACUGCUCACUUGCACCAAUGUUCUUCAAUAAAUAAAUAUUUCCAACACUCACACCAAUUAGCCUAGCCCCAAAGCAAGCACUGUAAGGCUUGUGUUAUGGGAUGCUAGGGUAACGGAUAGAAUACAUAUCAGUAUAUGUAUUCU